AUGGCGGUCUUGGCGAACCUGGUGACUGUGGAUGCUGCGGGGCCCUUGGCGAUCUCGGUGGGGAGGGUGACGGUGGGCGCCGGAGAGGUGAUGGUCGCGGCGAUAGAGGCGACUUCUGCUGUGACUGCUGAGGAGGUGAAGAUCGUGGGGAUGGUGGUGACAUCCGUUGCAUGGGGGAAGGUGAAGGUGGUGGCGAUGGAGGCGACUUCUGCUGUUGCUUUGGGGGAGGUGAAGGUCGUGGGGAUGGAGGCGACUUCUGCUGUUGCUUUGGGGGAGGUGAAGGUGGUGGCGAUGGGACGCAGUCCGGGUCAGCCUCAUCCUGGGGAACCAUACAAUCAUAAUGGGAUGGGUUCAACGAAAGAUCCGAUCCAAAUGGCAUCUCCCCCGAGUACGUUUUUCGCCUGA